AUGUGCGAACAACCCUGGCGCCGCUUUGUACUUCUAUUAUCAUUUUCGAACCGGUAUCGCGAGCUUCGUGUACAUAUGUAUGAUCGUUCUGGGGGCCUGGUGUCCCCUUCAUUUAAUAUCAACACAAAUCCGGACGCUUAUCUCCAGGUGCUUGGUGCGAUUGCUUUUGGAAUUCCCGAGUGUCUCGGCUAUGACCAGACCAUCGUGUUCUACGUGACCCCCUCUGCACGCACCAGCAAUUCCCGUCGCACUGCCAAGACGUACGACAUCGUGCAAGUUCUAUUCUACAGUCGAGGUCUUACUGGCCGGGGAACCGUCUGUUACCUUGCCAGGUUCAAGAAUAAGGAGUUCAUCAUCAAGGACCAUUGGGUGCAGGGAGAGGAUUCGCAGGAUGUCCUCAAUGAGGUGGAGAUGCUGAAGCGGAUGCAGGGCGUUCCUGGUGUCCCUCGUCUUGAGGACUAUUGGGUCGUUCAGCGAGGGGAUGGAACACCUGACAUCACCAGCGAACUUCGCUUUAAGCUAUUCCCAAGCACAUCCAACUCGUAUCGCACCCAUGUGCGCCUCGUUUUAACACCCUGUGCACGCCCGUUGCACGAGUUUCGAUCUAAGAGGGAAUUGGUGACCGCGCUGCACGAUAUCGUUAGCAGUAGGUAUUUUUUUAUUGCUCAAGGUCCAUCCCUCACUGAUCGGCCCGCAUCUCAGUCAUACGAGCAGCAUCCGAGCGUGAUAUUGUUCAUCGCGAUUGUAGCCUCCACAACGCGAUGA